CAGCUGGCUGGGCCCGCCUCGCAUCAGUGCAUCUCACUGGGCAGGCAAUAUGGGAUGGGAUUGUGAGAUGUGACAACAAUAUCUUUUUGUAUAUAACCUUGGUGCCGAGCCGUGUUGAUCGUCGUCUUUCUCACCAACCCACCUUCACGGCAAUUCCGCUCUUUUCUUUUUCCCACUGCCAAAUCCGUGCCUGGUGGAGGACUCGGAACCGUCAUAUAUAGAAUGGCUUCCCUGGCCCGCGCCGUGCUCCUUGCGAGCCUGCUUCCCUUCUCGCUGGUCUCUGCCCAGACCAUCGUCGUGGAUGGCGAAGUGCUGCCCGCCGAUGAGACCACUGUCGCGCCGGCUGCCGAGCUGAUCGACGGGACCGAUGGUCCCACCAGCUUUCAGCUGACCGAUGCCGUCCUGGCGAACCUCACCGACUUGGAGCUCAGCAACAUCGACCUCUUUGCCUUCGACGACGAGAGUGACGCGUCUGCGAAGCGCUUCGCCUCGCCCCGGUGCAAGACCUUCCCCGGCGAUGCGCUGUGGCCCUCCUCCCUGGUCUGGACUGUCCUGGACCUGUUGACCGGGGGCGCCGUCAUCAAGACCGUUCCCAUUGGCGCCGUCUGCUACCCGAACAACGAGCAUUACGAUGCUGCCAAAUGCCAGGACCUCCUUGACCACUGGACCGAGUCGGCCACCCACGUCCGUGACCCCACGUCGGUCAUGUCCCCCCUUUACCAGGGCCAGACCUGCCUCCCGCAGAAGGGCAACACGAGCACCUGCGAGCUCGGCGGCUCCCCCUCGUACGCCGUCAAGAUCUCCAAUGUAGCCCAGAUCCAGCUCGCCAUCAACUUCGCCCGCAGCCUCAACCUCCGCCUCGUCGUCCACAACACCGGCCACGACUUCCUUGGCAAGUCCACCGGCGCCGGUGCCCUGUCCAUCUGGACCCACAACCUCAAGAAGAUCGACUUCGUCAAGCACUACAAGACCAAGUCGUACUGCGGCUCCGCCCUCAAGCUGGGCGCCGGCGUCCAGGUCGGCGAGCUGUACGCCGCCGCUAACCAGUACGGUGUUACCGCCGUGGGCGGCGAGUGCAAGGGCGUCGGCGUCACGGGCGGCUACAUCGCCGGUGGCGGCCACUCGCCGCUGACCUCCAAGUUCGGCAUGGCAUCGGACCAGGUCCUCAGCAUCGACGUGGUGCUGCCCAACGGCCGCUUCGUCACGGCCACCGAGGAGCAGAACGAGGACCUCUUCUGGGCUCUCCGCGGCGGCGGCGGCGGGACCUUCGGCGUCGUCGUCGGCAUGACCGUCAAGGCGUACCCCAAGAUGAACUUCGCCGGCGUCACGUGGACCGUCAUGACCGGGCCUGGCACCAACAUCACCGACGAUAUCUACUGGGCUGCCAUGGAGACCUACUGGCGCCGAUUCCCCGAGUACGCCGACGAGGACAGCUACGGCUACUCGAGCAUGUUCCCCCUCGGCCCGCAGGGCUCCGGGUACAUCUGGAACAUGCUUCCCUGGAUGGUUCCCGGCAUCUCGCUGACCAAGUUCAAGGCCAUGCUCGCGCCGCUGUUCGAGGACUGGGCGGCCAUUGGCUUCAGCGUCGACCCAGUCUUCUUCGAGCACGACAACUUCUACGACGCCUGGACGAGCCACUUCCCCGUCGAGGCGGUCGGCAACACAAACCUGCACACCGCCUCUCGCCUGUUCCCGCGCGCCAACUGGGAGUCUGAGGAGCUCCUGGUCGAGACCAUGGCGGCCCUCCGCAGCGUCGUCGAUGAAGGCUCCGCGCUGAUCCAGUACAACAUGAACGGUGCCAAGAUGCGCAACACCCCCGACAGCGCCGUCAACCCCGCGUGGCGCGAGGCCGUCAUGUUCGGCAUCUUCGGCGGCGCCUGGGACGACGGCACCCCCCUCGCCGAGGUCGAGGCCAUCAACAAGAAGAUCACGCACGACUGGAUGGGGCGCCUGCGCCAGGUCACCCCCGGCAGCGGCGGCUACCUCAACGAGGGCGACGUCAUGGAGCCCAACUUCCAGCAGGCCUUCUACGGCACCAACUACGACCGCCUCCUGAGCAUCAAGAAGCAGGUCGACCCCCGCGACGUCUUCUGGGCUCCGACCGCCGUCGGCAGCGAGGGCUGGUACGUCACCGACCAGUGGGACUGGCUGACCCUGGAAACUGGCCGUCUGUGCCGGAAGGAGUAAGAGAAUCCGGAGGAGUUGUAUAUAUAUAUAGAGAGUACCAAGGUCCAACCUCGAGACGGGCUCUACGCCGCACCCACCGGGCAAGCCAUAUCAUAGAUUAUUUUCAAGCAGGGCCUAGCCACUCAUUCAACAACAAGUACACUGUUUUCAUAUCCUCCC